AUACGAUUCGUCGGCUAGAGUGACUCACAAACGGUCAUCCCUAAUCCGACAGCUCGCGCGCUGAACUCAAAUCUGUUUGAAAAAGCGUGCACUGUAAUUCAGUUUUUGACUGAGAUCUUCUUAUACUUGACUUGUUUUGCCUGACUGAUUCAAGAAGCCUUAGUUAACGGAAGAUCAUCAUCUUUGAAGAACUGCCCUUGCACUGGUGCACAAAAUGGAGUCGGUGGUGAGAAAGAGUAACAAGGAAAACACUAAACCUGUGUGUGGUCCAAAAAAACAAGUCAGCAGUAUUGUAUCAAAACAAAGAGUGGUAUGUAAAUCGGCACCUCUUCAGUCAAAGAAUGAUCUUAAGGAGGAUAACUCUGGAAAAAGAGAGAAGGAAAAGGAUGUUAGACCGAAGACCAAAACUAAUGAUGCUGAUCCUACUAAGCGCAACACACUAAGCCAGGCCUUCCGUACGCAGCAGACUGUAAGACACAGAAAGCUUGUGGAAGAAAUUCAAAAACCACCUUCUACUGUCUCUGCCAUUCAGAAAUCCAAACCUGGUACGUAUAAGGGCCGUGUGAUACAGUCUAAAAUCGAUUGUUUCAGAAAACCCAGUGGUGAUGCGAAGACCACAGAAAACCGGAUUUCAAAACCGGACGCGACCAAACCAAAACCUGAAUUGCCGAAAGUCCGGUCCAAGUCUGUUACUUCCCUGCCGGCAUCCAUUAAACCCAGAGUCAACUCUUUGUCAUCUAGAACGAAAUCUAUUUCUGAUGUCCCAUUGAAUGCCACUGAAAAACCAGUCCAGAAGUCAGUUUCUCAUAAACAGAUACCUCAAAAGGUCCCAGGCUCCAUCUCUCAAGCAGGUGCCCCACGGCUUGGUGUUCCUCCCAGGCCAGCUCCUCUAGCUACAGGGCGCUCGGCCACCAGCAGACCCAUCAUUUCAAAGAAGAAAGAGAUGGCGGUGCAAGUGGCGAAACCAAAACCGGCCACCACUGAACAGAAUGUCCGCAGACCUGUCACAAGUACAAUCAGCCACUACAAAGUGCAAAUGGAGACGGCUGAAGAGAGAAGAGCAAAGCUUGCAGAGUGGCUGGCAUCUAAGGGAAAGACUCUAAAGAGGCCUCCAAUCUCAGAAAAGUCAGCAACCUUUUCACAAAAACCAGCUCCACAGCCUAAAACUGCACCCAAAGCAACAAUUAGUGCCCAGUCUGUGCCUGUCAUCCAGACUGAGGCUGUAAAACCAACCCCUGCAUUGAAGACCAACAACAAAACUGAUGAUAGUAAAGUCCCUGACAAUAAACCAGUGUAUUCUAGCGGAUCAAACAAAAUUAUGAAUACCACAUUAGACUUGCUGGACAACAGUGAUAUGGAUCUGCCAGUCGACCCAGAGAUAAGGAUGGAGUCGUUGGUGAUGAACUUGUGUGAUAAAUUGGAGGCAAUGGAGACACCCUCAUCAUGUGAAGAUGACAUAAAUGCUGACAAAGCUGAUGCAUUGGCAGAGGAAAGAAUUGAAGAGCAAGUGGAGGAGCAUGAAAUGGAUAAAGUGUUUGAAAUUCUGGAAGAGGAAGAACUGGGGGAUGAGGAAGACCCAGAGAGUGACAUUACAGAAGACACUAAGAUGGCUGGCAUAAAGAAUGAGGAUGAUGAUCAGGAGGCUAAGGAGAAAAAGCCAUUUGAGAGUGAAGAUGACAGUGAUGAGGAGAUGAGGAGUGCCACUCCAGAGAUGGCAGGAGCAUCCAUUGUGAAAUACAAUGUGAAAACAACUCCAUAUCUGCAAAGUGUGAAAAAAAGAAUCGAUUGCGAAACUGUACCGGCCAGUGGCUCGCGACGCAAAAGCACCAUCAAAGACCUCAAGUUUCUGACACCUGUGCGACGAUCAACGCGAAUCCAGCGUAAGUCCUCUCGUCUGCCAGGUAUGCUGAAUGACCAUGACACUUGCGUCUCCUCAUUGGCUGAGCUGGUACAGAUGGAUGAUGCAGAUGCAAGUGCUUACAUCUACAGAAAAAACCCAGCACUACUGGAAGACCUGCCUGAUCAGCCUGGAGACUUAGAAAAAGUAUGCAGUUAAACAAUAUAAGCUGAUACAACACUGAUGUCACUUUCAAAUUGAAAAUGCAUACAUAACACCUACAUUUGAAGUAUUCUAUGUGACACUAUUAAAAAUGCUUUAUUUUAAUAUUUAAGUGUUUGUUGCAUUUGGCUGCUACUUGGAGUAAUCUGUUAACUGCAAUAGCUUAACGGUUUAAAAGGAUAGUUCAACCAAAAAUUAAUUUGUCAAAAUAAAUUUUGUCAUCAUUUACUCAACCUUGUGGUGUUCCAAACCUGUAUGAGUUUAUUUCUUCCGUUGAACACAAAAGAAGAUAUUUUAAAGAAUGUGGGUAACCAAACAGUUGAUGGCACCCAUUGAGUUCCAUAGUAUUAUUUUUCCUACAGUGGGUGUCGUCAACUGUCUGGUUACCAACAUUCUUUAAAAUAUCUUCUUUUGUGUUCAGCAGAAGAAAGAAACUCAUACAGGUUUGGAACAACAUGGGGGUGAGUAAAUGAUGACACAAUUUUCAUUUUGGGUGAACUAUCCCUUUUAGGACAAUUUGAUUUAUAAAGUUUCUUCUAUGCUAACAAGGCUCAUGCAGUGUGUGUGUGUGUAUAUAUAGAGCAAUUCCUGUAUUUGUAACAUUUUAACUAAACACUGCUUUGUUCAUUCUGGAAGUUUGGGGGGAAAAAUGGACAUGGUUGGAAAAAGUAGGAUUUGUUUUGAACAGUAUCAAAAAAUGAACAAACCAAAGAAUGUGUUGCCUUUCACUUCACUUAUGUAAUUUCUCUUCAAGAUGUUUAAGAUGCUGUCAGUGCUGCAAUUGUUAUUGUUCAGCUGUUCAUUUUCUCACUUUUAAAUGUUUGUUUUUUGAAUGUACAGUAAAGUCAUUAAUCAUUUUAAGUAUCUAAACAAUUAAACCCACACUAAGACCAUGUCUUUUUAAAGGCAAGAAGAGGAUUCACUGUAUUUUAACCAUUCUUUUGAUCACUGCACAUAAACCUAAAGCAUCUUAAUAAAGAAUAUUUAAGUGUAAUAAA